GUUUAAAUAGACAAGUAUUAUUAUAAACAUGGCAGCCCUCUAUGGCAUGUGUUUGCGUCGGGGACCCGUCGAAAUUAUAAAUAAUUGUAUUAAAACUGAACAUUUAUGUUCAAAUAUUCUACCUAGAAGAUGUCAGAAAAACUUGUAUUUCAAUGAAAUAAAGAAGACUGUAUACAUUGCUCGGUUUUCCACAGUUGCAGGGCGUGGCCUUCUUCUAGCCAAGCAACCCACCACCAGCCAGAAGGACCACAUCCAGCAGCAGGAGCAAAGUGAGGGCCCAUUGCCUUCCUCCAGCUCGCCGUCAGAUGGGGCUAGUUCCCUGCCUCUUGCAGCGUUGCUAAGAGAAGCUGAAGAAAAUCAGAAGAAAAGACAAGAAGAUGAAGCAAAGAAUAAAGCGAAAGGGAAGAAGGGAAUGGGAAAAGCUCAAAAAAUAGCUUUUGGAUUUUUUGCAGUGGGAAGUAUUGGGGCAGCCUUAGUUUCUUUUUAUGAAAUGGGCCAACCACUGGUUGAUGAAAAUGGCAAUAAAAUUCCAGAUGAAUAUGAUGAUAGUUUCAUAUUGUAUGCAUAUUUUAUGAGAGGACUUCAAGGUUUCAAAAAUUAUAGAAAAAUGAUUGUUGAACCAUCAGCAGAGAAAUUACUUCCAGAUCCAUUAACAGAACCUUACUACCAACCACCUUACACACUUGUCUUGGAAAUGACAAAUGUUCUUGUUCAUCCUGAGUGGACGUACUCAACUGGUUGGAGAUUCAAAAAAAGACCAGGUGUUGACUACUUUCUACAACAGAUCGGUCCACCGCUCUUUGAAGUUGUCAUAUACACAAGAGAAAUGGCAUUUACUGCUUACCCGUUGCUUGAUUCCUUAGAUCCUCAGGGGUACAUUAUGUAUAGGCUUUUCAGAGAUGCAACUAAAUAUGCAAAUGGAACACAUAUAAAGGAUUUGUCAUGUUUGAAUAGAGACUUGUCGAAAGUGAUCAUGAUUGACUGCAAUGCAGAUGCGUUUCAAAUACAACCCCGUAAUGGUGUUGCUUUGAAGAAAUGGGAGGGUGAUGACAGUGAUCGUACUCUGUUUGACCUUGCUGUGUUCCUAAGAACUAUAGCAUCUAGUGGAGUUGAAGAUGUAAGACCUGUUCUAGAUUUUUACAAUAAAGAAGAUGACCCACUUGAAACAUUUAGAAGGAACCAAGCAAGGUUACAGGAAGAGCAAGAGCAGUUAGCGAGGUUCAAUGCAGAGAAAAGAUCCAAAGACACAUCACAAAUAGCUAGCAACUGGCAGAAGGGAUUCUUUGGUUCCAGGAGGUAGACAUAGCCACUAAAACAAAUUGUUGCCAGUACAGUGAGAUAAUAUGAUGUUAAGUGGUCACCAAUGAAGAAUAUUACCCCUCCCAUGUAUUAAAAUUCAUUUUUGCCAUAAUUUAAUCUUUUUUAUCUGAAACCUUUCUGACAUUUGAACAGAAUCUGUGGAUUUGAUUCUAUUAUAUUACAAGCUCCUAAAUUAUAUUCACAGUCUUAUGUCAUGUAACACCAUUAUUUUUUUAUUCAGUUCACCCCAAACAAGGUUGAAAGCCACAUCAAUGUGAUAAGGGGUUACUUUUUUUUUAUUAAUUAUAUUUAUAUGCCAUGAUAUCCUUGCACGUAGGGCAUAAACAUGCCUUGAACCACUUCCCUGCUUGUCUAUAGUGCAAGCUGGGGUAUCUAAGCAAGACCGGCUGACGUGUGGUUUGAACUCCUGACUACAAGUACAAUGACCAGCAUGAAAACCACUGCGCUAAACCGCCUUCCCCAACAAAUAAUUAAAUUAUACUUUUCGGAAUUUUUCAGUCCAUAUACAUAUAUAAACUAUAACUCCAUAAUAAUGGUUAUUAGUCAUUCAGUGCCAUACUAUAAACAAGUAUGACAGCAAUGGUAUAUUCUGUAUAGGUACAAUAUCAUGACAUGUAUGCAUGGUUAAUUUAUUAACCAAUGCCGUAAGAAAUGCAAUUACUUUUUUAAAAAAUUUAAUUUGAAAGAAAUUUAUUUAACCGCUAAAGCCGGGCACACACUGCGGUGUAAGAUAAUUGUACGAUGUUUGGCUGACAAAUCCAUAUCGACACUUGGCGAUGCGAUUUGUCUGUUGAUUUUCAAUGGUAGACUGAGCAGAGUGUCAUUUAAACGAUUUGUGCACCUGCCUUGUCGCAUAGCAUUCUCUGGAAUUGCGUACCCGAUGACCAUCGACGCAGGGUAUGCCUGGCUUUACUUCAAUCUACUGUACUAUAGUAAUUAUGAUAUAGAUCAAUUGGUAUCAUUGUCCACUGUAAUGGAAUUUGAAAUAAAGCUAAUUUUAGGUUCUCAA